UAUUUUCUCCCAUACUUUAUUUCUUUCUAUGUUCAUACACAGUGUGUUUCUUUCCCACUGAUUCCACUCUCUAUGAUCACAACCACAACCAUAACCAUAACCAUAACCACACUCUUCUUGCUUCUGCAGCCUCAUUGUUUAGAUUUUUAUGGCAGAUAUUUUUGAUUUCCUUAUGAAUUUGGUGUCAUAUGAAGGAAGACUCAAAGAUUCCCUUUGAUUUUCUUUUAUUUCAAUGCAAACUUGAGACAUACAUAGAGUAGAUUAAGAAAUGGGAUGUUCUCAAUCAAGGUUGGAAGAUGAAGAGGCUGUUCAAAUUUGCAAAGAUAGAAAGAAUUUCAUCAAACAAGCUGUUGAACAAAGAACUCGCUUCGCCACCGGACACAUAGCCUACAUCCAAUCCCUUAAAAGAGUCUCGGCCGCUCUUCGAGAAUACAUCGAGGGAGACGAGCCUCGUGAGUUCUCGUUGGACACAGUCAUUGCCCCUCCUUUUGCAGCUGGGAAGAAGACUGGCCCUGGCUUCAUUCCUAUUUCAUCAAAAUCGUUCACACCCGCAGCAAUUGAGUUUGGAGUUGGACCAAAUUCUACACUGAAAGUGAAUUACUUAAGGCCUGGUGGUAAUCCGGCGGUUUUGGUUGAGGAAAGGCCUCCAUCUCCGGAAAUGGUCCGGGUUGAAACAUAUUCUCCAAUGCACCAUCAUUAUGGCAAUGAUGGAUUUUUUGGCAUGCAAUAUUCACCUGUGAAUCCUUCAAUUUUUCCUUAUUCUCCAAGUAAUAGGCCUAACAUCCCUCCCCCUUCGCCUCAGAAUUCGCAAUGGGACUUCUUUUGGAACCCUUUUUCGUCAUUAGACAACUACGGUUACCCUUCAAGAAGUAGCCUUGAUCAGACUAUUAUGGAUGAUGACUACAGAGGGCUUAGGCAGGUCCGAGAAGAAGAGGGAAUACCGGACCUAGAAGAAGACGAAACUGAACAAGAAGAUUAUGUUGGGAAGAGAAAUGUGGCUGAAGAAAGAACCAGAAACGUUGGAAACAUUGGAAAAAAUGGAAACACUUCCAAAGAAGAAGUAUUAGUUGAAGAUGUUGACGAGGAUGAGGAAGAGGAGGAGGAAGAGGAAGACGAAGAGGAGGAGGAGGAGGAAGAAGAGGAUGGAACAGAUAAUGAAACUGAAACUGAAGCUGAGCAUGAUGUCAAAGAAUCACAAGCAAAUGGAAGUGCAACUCUGGAAGUAUCGAAAUCACAGGCUGCAGGCCAUAUUGGAUCCAGUCGUCGCGAAAUGGCUAUAGGUAAGCAAGAAGCUAAGGAAGACUCGCCGGGUUUUACUGUUUAUGUAAACAGAAGGCCAACCAGCAUGGCAGAAGUGAUCAAUGAUCUUGAAGCUCAGUUCACAAUCGUCUGCAAUGCGGCUAAUGAUGUCUCAGUGUUGUUAGAGGCCAAGAGAUCUCAGUAUUUACCAACAUCUAAUGAAUUGUCUGCGUCGAAGUUGUUGAACCCAAAAGCUCUGUUCCGAACAGCAUCCUCGCGCUCUUCCUCGUCAAGAUUCUUAACAAAUUGUCCGAGCAUUAGAGAAGAAGUUUAUGAGGGCACUAAAGAUCUCAUGGAUGGGCAUUGUAUGAUUUCUGGUAGUCACCAUUCGACGUUGGACAGGUUAAACGCUUGGGAGAAAAAGCUUUAUGAUGAAGUCAAGGCCGGAGAACGGGUUCGAAUGGCGUAUGAGAAGAAAUGGAAGCAACUUAGGAACCAAGAUGUAAAGGGAGAGGAACCCUCUUCUACAGAUAAAACAAGAGCAGCCAUCAGAGAUUUAGAUACGCAGACAACGGUUUCAAUACACACAGUUGAAGCUAUUUCCAGGAGAAUCGAAAAACUAAGGGAUGAAGAGCUUCAUCCCCAACUUCUUGAAUUGGUACAAGGGCUAGCAAAGAUGUGGAAAGUGAUGGCAGAAUGUCAUCAGAAGCAGAAGAGAACCUUAGAUGAAGCUAAGAUGCUUCUAGCUUCUAAGUUACAUGCCAGGAAACACUCCUCCAUGUCGAUGACUGAUCCAACAAGGCUAGCCCGUUCGGCUUCAAAUCUUGAAUUCGAGAUAAGAAACUGGCGAAACACCUUCGAGUCAUGGAUUACUUCGCAAAGAUCCUAUGUCCAUGCGCUAGCCGGAUGGCUUCUCCGGUGUGUGAGGUCCGAGCCUGACUUGUCAAAGUUACCAUGCUCUCCUCACACUUCUAGUGGUACUCACCCGUUAUUCGGACUCUGUGUUCAGUGGUCAAGGCGACUAGACGCCAUACACGAAACAGCAGUGCUUGAUGGCAUGGACUUCUUCGCAGCCGGCAUGGGGUCGAUCUACUCGCAGCAGUUAAGAGAAGAUUCUAGGCAGAACUCGUUUGCUUCGAGACGAGAAAAUGGAAACAUGGAAAUUGUGGAAGUUGGAAGAGUAGAAGAGGUAAUGACUACAGAAAAAUUAGCUGAAGUUGCUAUUAAGGUGCUUUGUGCUGGAAUGUCUGUUGCUAUAAGCUCAUUAGCAGAGUUUGCUUUUGAUUCUUCUGAGGGAUACAAUGAAGUUGUGAAGCAAUGGGAGAAUGGCAAGUGUCUGGAUUCUUCUUCCACUGAGAUUAGAUCAUAGAUCUCUCACAUUUUGUGGGAUUUGUUAAUUAAUUAAUUGGUUUAGGCUUUGUUUAGUUAUGGUUGUUAAUUAGUCAAUGUAAUUAUUUGAUGUAUUUAAAGUAAUCAAUACAAGGCAAAAUGGCAA